AGUAGUUAAAAUGACAACAGCAGCGAGGCCAACGUUUGAACCUGCAAGAGGAGGAAGAGGAAAAGGUGAAGGAGACUUAAGUCAGCUCUCCAAACAAUAUUCCAGCAGAGACCUUCCUUCUCAUACUAAAAUCAAAUACAGACAGGCCACUCAGGAUGCUCCUGAGGAGGUGCGUAACCGGGAUUUCAGAAGGGAGCUGGAGGAGAGAGAACGUGUCGCUGCGAGAGAGAAGAAUAGAGACAGACAAACCAGAGAACACACAACAUCAUCUUCUGUGUCUAAGAAGCCUCGGCUAGACCAGAUUCCAGCAGCAAAUCUUGAUGCAGAUGAUCCCCUUACUGAUGAAGAUGAUGAAGAUGAGGACUUGGAAGACAGUGAUGAUGAUGACACUGCAGCUCUUCUGGCUGAACUGGAGAAAAUCAAGAAAGAACGAGCUGAGGAACAGGCUCGAAAGGAACAAGAGCAAAAGGCUGAAGAAGAAAGAAUUCGGAUGGAGAACAUCCUGAGUGGUAACCCACUGCUGAACCUUACUGGCCCAGCCCAGCCUCAGGCAAACUUCAAAGUGAAGAGGAGAUGGGAUGAUGAUGUUGUCUUCAAGAAUUGUGCCAAGGGCUUAGAUGAAUCCAAAAAGGACAAAAGAUUUGUGAAUGACACUCUGCGAUCAGAAUUCCACAAAAAAUUCAUGGAAAAAUAUAUCAAGUAGUACAGUUUUAUGUGCAGUGGUGCUGAAGGACUCAGAAGGUCAUGGGUAUUCCCUCCCUUUCCCUCAGAAUUCAAGGCUGAAUACUUGGUCAUGAAUUCCCAAAUGCUUUUCCAAGGUCAGCAGCAGCUUCAUAAUUCAUAAUUGCUGUGUAUCUGGAGUUUUUAUUCCUGCAGUAUGACUUCCUUUUCAGUUCUAAUUAAAUCAGUUUGUGUUUCAUGAAUGUUUUUCUGUUUACUUUUUACUGGCUGCCUCGUCAACGGUAGAGAAAAGCUGGUUUGCAAUAAAUACUUCCAAUUGCUUAAAUUACUUU